AUGACUGAUAAGCUUAUCAGUAUACAUCAAAUUCCAGAAGAAGAAGAAAAUAACGUUAAGAGGGGGCCAUCCGACAACAUAGAUAGCUACUUGAGAAGCUUGGAAAAGUUACGAAAAUGUGUCGAAUUUUUCAUGAAAAGCAAACCGGGAAGCCACGAUUUGGAAAAAUGUAAAUCAUUAUUUAUUGAAGGUGCUGAUUAUCUUAAUCGAGAAUUUCGUGUCAUAUUGAUGCAUAAUUGUAAACCAGUAGCGCCUGCAAAAUUGCAGGAGAUAAUAAAUAGUCAUUACGACUUAGAUGCAAUAUCCCUCAGUUCGCAUGGAUCACUGAAUUCUCUAACAUCAACUAACAGCAUCGAUGCGGUGCCUGAACUUGCAAUUGAACAUAUAUGUGAAUCUGCUUUAGAUAAAUUGAGGCUUAUCGCUAAUUGGCUAUCAGAGGUCGCUAGUAAUGAAGGCAGGACAAAACAAGAAACUUAA